UUAUGUGGAGGAGAUUUCAUCUGCAGUGGUUUUGUUGACAUGCUUUGUCCUAACGCCCUUCAGUGCAGCGCCAAUGACCUCCAUUCAUGGUGUUUGUCACAAGAAAAGUAAAGCCAGGGAGGACUGUCAGUUGUCGGGGAAUAGCUUGGAUUCCAAACAAAUAUGGCCAGAGACGACAGUCUUCUAGGCCUCAUGCCUUUGUCCUCAAGGCACCAACAGUGGGUCGGAGCCACUCUAGGCUUGGUCCUACCCUUUUUCCCCCUUCGCCCUCUAAUCUUCUAUUACUUCCUGUCAUGUGCAGCAGCAGCAGGUAGUUUACCUGGCAUAGAAUAUGACUAUGGUAUUAGCCCCAAGUUUGUUUGCACUCCCAUCCCCCCAGAGGCAGAUCCCAGCUGCUAUUCCCCCCACGGACCGAGCAAUACCGGCCAAAGCAGCGGCCUGAAUGGCAGCAGUCGGCGAGUCAUGAUGUCCGACGAGGCUAAAGCCACCAUCUUGCACCUGCGCGAGAGCCUCGUGAGACAGAAGGAAACCAUCCUGGACCAGCGGGAGACCAUCCGAGAGCUGACCGCCAAGCUCACCUUGUGUGAGGGCUUUGGGGGUCACCACAGCACCGGUCAUCACGACAACCACCACAGCAACCACCACAGCAACCAUCACCAUAAUCACCACGACACCCACCAUGACACCCACCACGACACCCACCAUGACACCCACCACGACAACCACCACGACACCCACCACGACAACCACCACGACACCCACCACGACAACCAUGAUGACCACCACGGACAUCACGGCACUCAUCAUACGCUUUCAUCGUCGCACCACGGGCCUUCAGGAUACCACAGCAACGAUCACCACAACUCCCACGGCAGCCACAGGUCGGACCCCCACCACCGGAAGGGCUCGUCGUACAGCUCCUUCUCACCAGAACAGACCGGGAAAACCCUGCAGACCCUGAAGGAGAGGCUGGAGAGCUUGCAGGCCAGGAACUCCUCCAGCUCCUACUCCAGCUCCCUGAGAGAACUCCUCCAGCGGAAGAUCAACGCUAUGGAGGAGCAGCUGCACAGCUACUACAGAGAUCACCAUGACGACCACCAUGGCGACCACCAUGGUACCGGACACCAUGACGACCACCAUGACGACCACCAUGACGACCACCACAGCAAUCACCACAACAAUCACCACGACGACCACCAUGGUACCGGCCACCACGACGACCACCAUGAUGACCACCACCGUACAGGUCACCAUGACAACCACCACAGCAGUCAUCGUGGCAGCCACUACGGUACCCACAGGCCCAACCACCACGGCGGGCACCACAGUCGUCAUGACGAUCACCACCAUGACCGCCAUCACGACUGGAGCCACGGUAGGCAUCGUAGUCACCAUGGCAACCACCACUCCGGCCACCAUGACAGUCACCACAGCGACCAUCACGAUGACCACUAUGUUCAUCACAACAACCACCACAACGACCACCACAACGACCACCAUAACGACCACCACAACGACCACCAUAACGAUCACCACAACGACCACCACAAUGAUCACCACAACGAUCACCAUAACGACCACCACAAUGACCACCACUAUGAGCAUCAUGGCGUCCACCACUAUGACCAUCACAAUGAUCACCAUGACGACCACCACAAUGAUCACCAUGACAACCACCAUGACUACGAUCACCAUUAUGAUGAUCAUCAUGCGCGACGACUGCCGUUCACCAGCAAAGAGACGAGGCUGCAAGGCGCCGGACACAGCAAGCUGGAAACGGUGUUUACCCAGCUGCACCACGGCAACAGUGACCAUGGAAACCACAAGAAGCUAAAGAAUCCCAACGCUUUCCUACUCGACUUCCCCAUGAGGACCAACUACAUGUACGCCAGGAUGAAGCGGUCUGUAGUCAACGAGCUCUUCGCCUUGACUAUCUGUGUGUGGCUGAAGGCGGGUGCAAGUCCUGGCCUCGGUACUCCCUUCUCCUACGCCGUCCCCGGACAGGCCAAUGAGCUGGUGCUUAUGGAGUGGGGCACCAACCCUAUGGAGCUGCUAAUUAACGACAAGGCGGUGACUCUGCCCAUAACCAUGACCGACGGGAAGUGGCAUCACGUGUGUGUGACGUGGUCGACCCGCGAUGGCAUCUGGGAGGCCUACCAGGAUGGAGUGAAGAAAGGUUCUGGGCAGAACCUUUCAGCCUGGCACCCCAUCAAACCAGGAGGGAUUUUCAUCCUGGGUCAGGAGCAGGACACAAUGGGAGGUCGCUUCGACGUUGCCCAGUCCUUCAUGGGGGAGCUGUCGGAUCUCCAGUUCUGGUCCAGAGUCCUGACGUCCAAUGAGAUCUACAACCAGGCGACCUGCGCAGGCCACCUCGUCGGUGACGUCAUGUCGUGGUCGGAGGAAAUGGUGGAGCUCCACGGAGGCCUCACCGAGCUCGAUUUUGACCCCUGCCACUAAAGAUGGACACCAAACCCUCGCGUCCCUGGAGCUGUAGGAUCAUCAUUUCCAUUUAAAUGAUUACAUCUUGUGUCCAAAGAAUUGUUUGGAGAUUGAAAAAAUACCGUUUGGUCAUGGAUCAAGAAUGGAGCAAUCGUUUAUUUCAUCUCUUUGCUGCAGAACUUUAAUAAUACAAGGUCAGCAACAGGCAGAGCAAGGAGUUCUUUUUCUUUUUUCUAUAUAUUUCUAAAUAUUUUUUGCCAUUCCCGUCCGAUCUCUCUGCCUUCUCCAC